AUGAAGGUGCGUGCAUUGUUGCAUGGAAUGUCAAUAAAAGCCAACAACCCGAGACUUGAGGAUGGGGCAGCUCAGGAUUCAGACGACAUUGGUAAGUCUGAGCUAGAAGUGCAUCACACUCAAAACAAAGAAGAAGAACAACAAAAUGAGUGCGUGAAGCAUACAUAG